UCCGCCCUGUAACUGGCAUGUUUGCUAUAGAGGUGUGACUCCGAUCGGAAAGCUUUCUCUCCCCCAACAAAUUUGUUUUUCUCGUAGCUUUCUGACGAAAACCACUUUGAGAAACAUUUAAUUUUACUGCACUAUAUGAACAUCCAUUUGAUGAUCGUUUUUUCCUCAUUUCUGAAACGCAGUUUUUGCCGUUGAAAAGCAGACGACAGAUAACUGAUAAUGAUCGGGGGAUGAAAUUCUCUCAUCCUAGCUUUCAUGUUUGAUUAAUUUGUGUGCCAGUAUAUAUUUAUAUCAACAUGUCUUAUUGCCUGAGAAAGCAUCUUAAAGGUCUGCUGCGAUUAAAAGGCUUAGAAUAUUUGACAAAGGGCUUAAACAUAUCAGAUGUCACAUCACAUUCUGGUAUUUCGAAAACCGGAGAAGUGCUGUCCGGUUCGAAAGGCAAUUACGAUGGGAGAGCACCAUCAACAGCGGAUCAGUUUAGUCCAGCGAGACAGCCACACAUUCCUGUCAUGGCAAACGAAGUUUUAGAAAUCCUAAAUCCAAGAAACGGACAAACAAUUAUUGAUAUGACAUAUGGAGCUGGAGGACACUCCAACAAGAUCCUUGACCAUGCAGCUGAUUUAAAAUUGGUAGCAGUUGAUCGCGAUCCAGUAGCACAUAAAAUGUCCUGCUUAAUGGCGCAGGAGAGAAAAGGGCAGUCAACCGUAAUCCCAGUCCUUGCAAGAUUUUCUGAACUGGCUAACCAUCUUGCUGAAAAUAGCAUUGAAAAAGGUUCAGUGGAUAACAUUCUGUUUGAUCUUGGAGCAUCAUCAAUGCAGUUUGAUGUAUCAGAGCGUGGUUUUUCACUUAGUCAGGAUGGACCACUGGACAUGCGCAUGGAUGGAGCAAGAUUUCAAGACCAGCCUACAGCAGCUGAUGUGAUCAACACAUUAGAUGCUGAUGAACUGCACUUAGUGUUGCGACGCUAUGGAGAAGAGCGGUUGUCACGCUCAAUUGCUCAAGCUAUUGUAGAUGCCCGUUAUGCUUUUGGCAGUAUAUCUCGUACAAGGCAGCUGGCUGAUAUUGUCGACAUGGUAUUUGAAGGGAAUUACAAGCAAGAUAAACUUCAGAGACAUGCUCAUCCAGCCACCCGAACCUUUCAGGCGCUGCGCAUCUUUGUCAACAAUGAACUGAAUGAGCUUCACAAUGGCCUUGAACUAGCAUCACAUUACCUGAGGCCUGGGGGUUGCUGUGUCGUAAUUUCAUUCCAUUCUUUAGAAGAUCGUGUGGUCAAGCGUCAUUUUCAUGGCAUCGAGAUGGACAACAUGAUAAACAUGUCAAUUGGUCAACAUUACCGCAACUCCAUCAUUACUCAGUCAAAAAACAAGAUAGAUCAGUUGCUAGCUAAAAAGUGGAGACCAUUGUCUAAAAAAGUGCUGGCACCUACAGAGGAGGAGGUAAAAGCCAAUCCAAGGGCUAGGUCAGCUAAGCUGAGGGCUGCAAUUAAGGUGUGAUAGUUCAGAUAGGUGGCUUUACUUUGCAUCCUCAUCUUCUAAUUUUAUUGCCUAACCUUGCUAAACUGCAUCUCUGAUACGAUCUUCUGUACACCCUUAUAUGUGGGUGAUGAAACUUUGCAAUCAAGUCAGUCCUUUCCAAUGUGAAAUUUACAAUCUCUUAAUUACUAGAAGUUUCAUGCUCAGAACUUAUCCAUAAACUUUUUGAGAAAGAAAUCUUUUUAUUUCACUUUUGUGAUUAAAAAAAUGGCAUACA